GCUCUCCUUCUCAAAAAAAAAAAAAAAAGAUUUCAAGCGCUCCGAUCUACGCUCCAUCCGAUCUACGAUCUGACCCCUCAUCACCUCCGUCCGAUCUGACCCCUCAUACGCUCCAUCCGAUCUACUCUCCAUCCGAUCUGACCCCUCAUCACCUCCGUCCGAUCUGACCCCUCAUCACCCUCCAUCUCCGACCUCAACCCUCACCCUUCAUCCGAUCUCAACCCUCACCCUCCAUCCGAUCUCAACCUCUUUGUCCGUCACCCUCCAUCCGAUCUAAAUUUCACCCAUAACAAAACUCCGCCGACCCCGACGCCGAGAGAAACCCAUAACAAAACUCCGCCGACCCCGACGCCGAGAGACCAGCCCAGCGCCGACGACCCCAACGCUGACAAGGCCGAACUCUCAUACCCAUCGGCGACCCAUACCCAACGCCGCCGAGCCCAUCGCCGACAAAGCGGUACAAGAUGCACCGUUGCCACAGAUAUCCUCUUGCUACUUGAGGGUUAAGUACUUGGAUCACAACCAGUUGACAGGGAGAAUUGACGCAGUCUUCUAGAAACAUCCUUUCUUGAAAGAAUUGUGCUAUCAGUUCCGGCUGGCUGGUUCAGUGUAGACAUCUGCGAAGAUAAAUUUUCAGCACAUUUCUGGUGCUGUUAUGAUAUACUAAAGGUGCAAACAGUAAACAAGCCGUGUGCAAAUUUCAUCCAGACUGGGCAUCAAAAACUGACAUUCGCUACCAGUUGUUAGACGCAGGAAUGGGUAAGAAACGCCGAUUGCCAGUUGUAGAAGUCGGCGAAGGACCCUCGAGUUCACGACAGAGAGGGGAGGAGCUGCAAGCCGCCCAUACUAGUGAUGCUGGGUCACAACCCACAGGAAAGGCGAGGGACCAUCCAUUGACAAUUGUGCAAGUUGGCCAAGGUUCAUCACGCUCACGAGACAUCAUGCAGGAGGAGUUAAGGGCCGCCUAUGAUGCUGAGCACGCAAGAUGGGAGGAAGGAGAUGAUUAUGAUGAUGAUGAGACACAGCCGCCUUCUGCAGACGAUUUGGUCCAACAAACCGCACCAUCCAAUGAUGGGCGUGCAGAAGAUUCAGUUCGGGAAUCCCCAAUAUCCAAUAAUAUAAAUAAAAAACGUGGAAUAACGCUAAUGCAGCGUAUAUGGGCUCUUCCACCGAACAAGAAACUUGUAUGUGGGUUAAAUGGGAGCAAGCAACCGGUUGGGGAAAGCGGGCAAACAUUCAAAAGGUGGUUGGGCACCUUAUGCAUCUGCCGCAACUAUUGCCCACUUAUGCCUGCUACUUGGACGCAUGUCGACCGUAAAUGCAAAGAAGACGCUUGGGUAGAGAUAGAGAAAAAAUGGAUCAUUGACCCAGAGAUUAUUAGCCCAGCUAAUCAAAUGAACUGGGCAAUGCAUUUAUUAGGAGAGUUGAGAAGGAACCGAAGAAGUAAGUUAAAAAAAAAAUGCUACCCAAAAGAUGCGUUAAAAGAAGAUGUUUAUACUCGCAAACCAGAGUGGGCUGACGAGCAAGACUACCGCGCACUAGUUGACUAUUGGUUUGAUUCUAAAACAAAGGACUUAGUGGAUACGAACAAGAGAAGUCGUUCGUUUCAGACGGAUAUAGCGAGGACAGGGCCUAUUAGUUUUGCACAAACUGCUGACAAUAUGGCAAAAGAAAACGGCCAAGCAGUGGAGCGUGCAGAUGUUUUCAUAAAAGCAUACUGCACGAAAGAUGGGACUCCUAUUAGUAAUGUAGUGCGAGACAAGAUUGAUAAAAUGAAAGACAUUUUAAACAACGGGGGCAAGCUAGUAGGAGACCAUCGCGAUGGAAUUCUCUGGGCAAAAGAUGAUGCGUUCGCUCAAGUGAUGGGCAAAGAACGUUCUGGACGUGUCCGUGGGGUCGGUUUUGGACCAACCCCAUCAGGAAGAAGUGGGUCCAACCUUCCAUGUGUGCCUGCGCCGUCGUCCACUGAAACGGUCCAACGAAUGAUUGCAUUGGAAAAUUCGAUGAGGGACCAACUUGCUGACUCAGAGCAAAGGCAUCAGCAGCAACUGGCCGAAGCACUGGCUGAAGCAAAGCGGGAGUCAGAUGCACGGCAUGAGCAGCAACUAGCCGAAGCACUAGCCGAAGCAAAGCGGGAGUCAGAUGCACGGCAUGAGCAGCAACUGGCCGAAGCAAUGCGCGAAUCAGAAAGACGGCAUCAGCAGCAGCUGGAUGAAACAAAGCGGGAAAUGGCCGAUGCAAAGCGGAGAAUGGAUGAAAUGGUAGCCUUCUUACAAAAGAAUGUCAUCUCAAGCAUAAGCGGUUAUUCAGGUAAUAGCGCUACAUCAUAGUGAGGACUCUUUGUGGACUCUCCAUGUAUAAUUGUUUGGAUAUUCGGAAUAUUGUAACUUUGUGGAUAUUGAAAAUAUUGUAAACAUGUAUAUAGUUGUUUG